AUGGAUGAUCUCCUAAGACAAACUGAAGAGCUGACAAUCAACCAGCCGCGACUGGUUAGCUAUCAUGAAGAGCGGAUACUGGAAGUUCUCGAUGGCCAACUCAACGACGCUCGAUACGAGACAUGGUCAGGCUGGGAGACCCUUAUCCGACCGAUGAUCGAAGAUUUCUGCCGACAAUGGACUUUGCCAACCCGCGCCGUGGAAAAUUUCAUGGCACUGACGAAAGGCAAUCCUCACUUUCCUGUGAUAUUACUUCGAAAUCCAGUGAAGGACCACGACGCUGCCGGAUUUGAGGAUAUGGUGAACAAUUGUCCAACCCUUAGAUGGCUUGAAGAUGUCCUUCACGCACGAGGUCUUCUUUUGGAUGACGUUGUUAUAUUGGACGUCUGUCCUCUGCUCAGCGACUUCUGGCUAGCCAGAAACAAGCACAUUGCUGAAGAGGCUAUUAGAGAUGCAUAUCUCGUGACGGAGACGAUCUUACUUCUUCUCAAACCAAAACUAUUGAUCUCAUGCCAAUGUGCCACGAAAGGGGUUGGAGAUUUCGGACUCUAUGCUUCCAGCUUUGUGGAAAGGCUCGGUUCAACCACCUCAAAUGCAAAGCAAAAACUGGUUAUGCCUUUUCGACAUGAGGGUAAUGAAAUUUAUAUAGCCCAAGCAUAUCAUCCUCGAUAUUUUCUUGGGCGAGAGUGCCUUGAUGGUGACGAACGCGAAGAUCUCCUCAAAGAGAUCAUUGGCCAUUUCAUGGCGCCCUUUGGAAAGUGGAAAGCGGAUGUUGUUCGACUAUUGCACAUGGAAGCAGUAAUCUUAAAACUGGCCAAGGUGAUGAAUGAGCAGAGAGUUAUCAUGAAUCGGAUGCUCAAGUUCAUGUACAAACUCGAAGAAAGCUUUGCAAGCAUGACCAUCUCCAGGCCAUCUUGA